AUGGUCGAGACCUCCGUUCAGGACUUGAAACCGGACCAGGCAAGGGAGCUGGAGGAGAAAAUGGCGAGGAUUCAGGAGAGCGUGGCGGCGCCGCCGAUUCUGGAGACGGCGAGGAGAGUGGGGAGGUUGAUGGACGGUAAGAUUUCGACGUUGGAUGAGGCGAUGGAGGCGCUGAAGGCGAAGAUGCUGAGGUUGACUGAGAGCGCCGACGGACUUCGUGGGUCGACGGCGAGGAAGGUGGUGGAGGUUUUGAGUCCGAGUCAGAGUGAAGGAGAUAUGUAUUCAGAGAUGACAGCUAGGUGCACUUACAUGUCAGAGACUGUGAUGGUCUUCCUUGAUGGUACGACAAGGUUCGCCGAUUUUUUCAAUGAAAUUUGCAUGCGGUUUAAGGGUUUGAAGCCAGGCUUGUUUGAGUUGAAGUAUUCCCUUCCGGAUUACCCUUCUUGUGCUCUCGAUUCUGAUUUAGAUAUGAGGUUGAUGUUUAGGUCUUUAGCUGAGUUUAAGAGAACUUCAGUUGACAUUUUGGUGAGGAUUUGUGAUUUUUGUGCAAAUUGUGUUGCUGAUGGAGUUCAAUGUUCUGCCGCUGCUGCUGCUUCUUCUUGUGUGUCAGUGGUAUCGACGGUGAUUGAUGAGCCUGAUUAUUUGGGUGAUUUUAGGCCUGAAGAUCCCAAAGUUUACAUGUCUAAGCAGUGGAGAGAGUAUAUUAAGUGUGGGGACCAAAAAUUUAGAGGUGGAGCUGUGGAGUUUCGGCAAAAGUUGUGUAUGUAUGCAAUUGAGGUUGGGUUUGUCUUUGUCUAUGUGAGAAAUGACAAAUGGAGGGUAAUUGCUGAAUGUUUCAACAAGCUAUCUGAGGGAUGCAAAUGGUACAUCAAUGCGUCACUAUGCCCUGCUAAUAAUUUCUUCUAUAUUAGGCAGCUUAAUAAUGUGCAUACUUGUUCUGGUGUUCUGAGGCAGCAGAAGCAUAAGCUUUUGAGUUCUACUAUUGUGAAGACACUCAUUAAUGAUGAAUUUCGUGGAAAUCCCUCUCUCAAGGCACAUGAUAUUAUGGAUAGGUUAAAGAACAACUAUGGUCUUGAUAUUACAUACCGUGUUGCAUGGAAAGGUAAAGAAAAAGCAAUGAAAGAGUUGCACGGUUCAGAUGAGGACUCAUAUUCAAUGUUAACUUAG